AUGGCCAGUCUCUUCAUCAAAACCAGCAUCGCAACCAUCGCCAUUCUGGCAAUUUUCUUCCAGAUCUAUCUCAAAGAAGCAAUAUGGCUUGGUUUCGGCAUAAACAGAACCAUCCAACCCCUCAGUGAAUUCCCCUAUCAAUGCCGUAAAAUCGUGCAUCAUCGGCUGGAGGCUUGCGAGGACAUUUUUGGGUAUCGCAAUAUUUCGGGUCGAUCAGAGCGUGACGCUAUCGUUGCGCUGGAUAUCGAUAAGCCGACUGAUAACGGCCUUGAGUUCCGUACCCUAAUAACACCCAGUUUCGAAGGCACUGCUGGUGAUGGACUUGUCAACCUCGCUGGUUUCUCAGGCGUCGAACAGGAAAAUGGCGAUAUUGAUUUAUUCCUCGUCAACUUGCGACCUGCGAUUGACGCAGACGGGAAAUUGGCAGAUCAAUAUGUUCAUGGUGGAAACUCAACUAUCGAGCACUUUGUUACCGGUCCCCAAGCGACGGAGAUGAAGCAUGUUCGGACAUAUGCUCAACAUGGAAUUACCACUCCAAACCGUGUUGCAGCACUGGGUGAUGGGUCUUUUUACAUCAGCAAUGAUCACGGUCCUCAUAAAUUCGGCUGGGUAAUUAUUUUCACGCCUAUUUUAUGGCUUGUACUAACAAACCAGCGGCAUCAUUUGUCCAUGAUUUUAGGCUUCUCCGACGUGACAUUCUGCGAUACUCAAACCUGCAAGACCGUUGCACCCAAUCUGCAAUUCCCAAACGGUCUCGUUAUAAAAGACAAUAUCCUCUACCUCCCCGACUCCAUAACAGGUCGUCUAUACAUCUACCGCAUCCUUCCUAACAGAGACCUCGAAAAGAUUGAUGAAGUUAAUCUAGGCUAUGGUGUUGAUAAUGCAUCAAUCGAUGAGAAUGGCGAUAUCUGGAUCGCUGCGUUUCCUAUCGGCGUUGAGAUCUUCAAGGCGUACGAUGAUCCGUACAAUGCUCAUCCGCCUAGUACUGUAUUGAGAGUUAGGAAGGUUGAGGGGGAGUAUGUUGUUGAAAAAGUGCUUGAGGAUGCGAAGGGGGAGGUUUUGCCGGCUGCUACGACGGUUGUGCAUGAUACCAAGACUGGAAGGCUUUUCCUGAGCAGCGUUAUUUCGCCGUUUAUUGCUGUUUGCAAACCAAAGUUGUAG